UUGUAAAGACCCCAAUGCUCCAUCAGAAAGGCGUAAGCACCUGCUCGGCUAUCCAGUUAUCGACGAGACAACGCCCAAAGCGGUUGGGUAUUCUGACCAGUGUCGGAUAUCAAACGUAAAGUGUACAGUGUGUGAUCUAAACCUGGUGCUACCCAAAUUUAUCCUGCACCAGUGCAUAAGUGUUUCGGAGCGUACUGCAGUGAUUUGCAGAUCCUCCAGAAUUGCGCAAGAGGGGUGGACACCCGCAAGUUCCAAAAGGUUUUUUUACACCCGAUCUGUGCGAUACCUUCAACAAGCAAUCGAGCGCGAAUAGCAUCGUAGCACAGCCAUGCGGUGGAAGUUACUUCUGCUGCUUUUCUGUGCGGUAUCGCUGAUCACUCUAUCAACCAAUGCCGUCGCAGAGGAGUACGACCAAGAUCAGGAUGACGCAACGAGUAGUGAGGAUGAUGUUGGUGCGGUAGUGCCGGAAAGUGAAGAUCAAACAGAGCCGGAACAAGGUGAUCCAGCCGAGGGUGACCAAGAAAACACCGAUCAAAAUGCGAACGAGGACGUCAUGGACGUGGAUACGGCGGAUGUCAGCGAGGUGAAGGAUAAGAAGGGUAGAUACUACAACUACGACGACUUUUUGUCUGGCCUAGAUCUGUCCGAUUCGAACUACAACUGGGAGGAUCCCAUAAAUCGCGUCCAGCCGAAAGAACCUCCGAAUCAUAGCAUUGAUGGGGGAUACACGAUCAAUCCGACCCGACUGGCACAGAUCCGGCGUAACUUCCUGUACCCGUUCUAUGAUCGGGGUGGCCCGGAAGAUACUGGAGAUCUGCAGCGUGACAUACACGCCUCGAUGCCGCAGGUCCACAAGAACUUCAACUUUCAGCUGCCCUUCUUUGGCUUCCGGUUUAACUAUACGCGCGUGUCGAUGAACGGGUUUCUGGAGUUUUCCGACCCGCCGGAACACUACACCUACCCGCUGAGCUUCCCGAUCAAGGAUUGGCCGAAGCGUAACGAUCCCUCGUUCAUCGGUAUCUUCUUCUCGAAAUGUCGCAUCGGGCGCAUCUACCAGACGGACUAUGACCAACGUUCGCCCGGUGUGUACUUCCGGAUGGAGCGCGAUCUGAUGACGCGUACCGAUCGGGCGGGUGUGGAGAUGCGGGAGCGUGUUAUGUGGGACAUACGUGAGGGUGUGGUCGGGUCGGAUACGUUCGUGCCGAAGCACGUCAUCAUCACGACGUGGAAGAAUAUGAGCUUCGCCGGUGGUAUUGAUAAUUCGCUUUUCCGGACGAACUCGUUCCAAAUGGUGUUGGCGACUGAUGAGGUGUACACGUACGCCAUAUUUAAUUACGCCGAAAUUAACUGGUCUUCGCAUACGGAAGCCGGUGGUGAUACUACCGGUGGAGAAGGUGGUGUUCCAGCCUAUAUCGGUUUCAAUGCAGGAAACGGUACGCAGGCUUACGAGUACAAACCCUACAGUCAGGCGUCCGUGUUGCGUGAUCUAACGGGGCGUGGUUGGGCAAACGGGUUCCCGGGACGGCACAUCUUCCGUAUCGACGAGCGCAUUAUGCUCGGUACCUGCAACAAGGACAUUGACGCUUCCCAUCUGCCACUAGUGUUUGCGCCGGAGUCGGGCAACAUGCUUGGCGGCACGGUUGUCAACAUUACCGGGCCUUGCUUCACGCGGGAGGAUCGCAUUGCGUGUCGGUUCGAUACGGAGGAGGUCGUCGGUACAGUCGUCGACACGAACCGUGCCAUUUGCAUCCAACCGUUCCUGAAGGCCCAAGGCUACAUCCGGUUCGAGAUCUCAAUCGGCACGGAGCGGUUCAAGUGGCGUGGACGGUACUUUGUGGAAACACCGGCAACCGCCACCGAUCGCAUCUUCUUCGAGACGGACGAUGUGCAUCGGCGCAACCCGAACGAGAUCCGGAUCACCUGGAAUCGCUUCAACCUGACGACGAACCUGAACGCUAACGUGCAGAUUUCGCUGUGGGGUUACCGCGAGGCAACGAUCCGACCGGAGCUGGAGUUCAUCGACAUGAUUGAGACGCAGCUUACCAACACGGGCGCGUACACGAUCGUGCCGGCGAACUAUCGCAUGCGGGACAACCCGCGCACCGUCGACAUGCAGUUCGGCUUCAUUCAGAUUAACCUCACCAACCCGGAGCAGUUUAACAAUCUAAGAAUUUCGCCCAUUUUGUGGUCUAAACCGAUACCCCUCGGAUGGUACUUUGGACCACAGUGGGAACGUAUACACGGUCGGAACUGGCCCCGGGCACUCUGUGAGAACUGGUUGCGCACGGAUCGGUUUUUGCGCAACUUCGCCCACGAGUUGCCGAUCUGCCCGUGUAUGCUCGAGCACGCACUGAACGACAAGGGUCGCUUCCUGCCCGAUCCGGACUGCGACCGGGACUCGAACCCGACCUGUUUGCAGCAUCGCGGUGCGAUACACUGCGUACGAUCCGGUCAACCGACGAUCCAAGGUUCGGAGCAGCAGUGUUGCUACGACCGUAACCAAUACCUGAUGCUUUCGUACGAUCAGAUGUGGGGUUCGCGCCCACGCCGUAAUCACAACAUCGGUCAGAUACCGUGGAAUGAGGCGAACAAGGUGCCGACUCUGUCCUCCUGGUUCCACGAUGUACGUCCGUACUACUCCUGCUGCAUGUGGCAGGAUGAGCAGGCUGUCGGAUGUGAAACGUUCCGGUUUGAGCGGCGUCCGUCGCAGGACUGUAUCGCCUACCAGGCGCCUGGUGUUGCCGGUGUGUUUGGCGAUCCGCACAUCGUCACGUUCGACGGGCUGCAGUACACAUUCAACGGGAUGGGUGAGUUUGUGCUGUUGCGGGGUAAUAAUGGGCAGGAGCGUAUCGAUGUGCAGGGUCGGUUCGAGCAGGUUGCACGCAACAUCCACGGACCGGUAAUGGCGACGCAGCUGACAUCGAUUGCGGCACGCGGCAACACGUCCACCAUUAUUGAGGUACGCUUGAGACCACGGGAAGCACAGUGGCGCUACCGGUUGGAUGUGUUUGCCGACCAGCGGCGCAUCUACUUCGAUCGGCAGAGUCUCAAGUUCCAGCACUUCCACGGCGUUACCGUGUACACGCCGACCUACAUUCUGAACCAGUCUGAAGUGGUCAUCAUGUUCUCGUCCGGCGUCGGUGUGGAGGUGGUAGAAAACAAUGGCUUCAUGACGGCAAGGGUUUAUACACCUUGGAGCUUUAUCAACAAAACUAGCGGUCUAUUUGGCAACUGGAGUUGGGAUAUGGCCGAUGAUCUGGUUACUCCCGGCGGUGCAAUAAUAACGCCCAACAUAAACAACUUCCAGAAUGUGCACGAGCAAUUUGGGUUACAUUGGAUGUUAACGGACCGAGAGACAGAUAACGUGGGGCAGGCUCUGUUUACGCGAGAGUUUGGUCGAACGUCAAGCUACUUUGCGAAUCAGAGCUUUGUGCCGAACUUUAUACGUGAACCGAGCCAAUUCCUGCCACUGAAUCGAACGCAGGAUGUACAGCGGGCGGAAGAGUUGUGUGGCCAGAGUUAUCAAUGUCGGUUCGAUUACGGAAUGUCCCUGAGCCGAGAGAUGGCACACUUCACCAAAAACUAUCAUGCGAGUGUUAUCAACAUACAGACGAUAAACGAUAAACGUAUCAUAUCGUGUGGCAUUCUGGAGACGCCUCGAUUUGGACGCAAGUCCAACUUCCUCUUCACACCUGGUGCACGUGUAUCGUUCGAGUGUAAUGAAGGUUUCUUCCUAAUCGGCGACUCGCGUCGCAUCUGCUUGGAGAACGGCCAGUGGGAUGUACCGGAGUACGGAUACACGGAAUGUUUGCGUGGUGUGUUCUAUUCGCGUCGUACGGCUUGGAUUGCGAUUGGCAUUGUCAUUGCUGUUAUCAUACCGUUGAUGCUGUGUAUCGUGUGCGGCGUGUACUGUUUGCGCAAGCGUAAGCGCAAGGAGGACCCGGACUGGCGUUUGCCGCUGCCGUCCCGUUCCGGCUCUCGGGCGACAUUGCGCAAGGGCGAUGACAGCGAGUUCGACGACACGACGAUCAAGAAGACGUUACGAUACGACGCCACCUACCGGACGAACGAGCCGCUCGAGGGCAAACCCAACAUCCAGUUCGAGCAGAAAAAGAUGGACCUGGACGAAGAAGAUAUUACAUCCUCGGAAGGAGGUGAAUAUAGCGCUAAGGUUGCACGCGAUAUCGAGUAUAAAAACCUGGCUGAUCAAAAACAACUAGGUCGGCGCAGUCAACGCGGGCUCCAGCAGGCGGGCAUGUUCUCCGGCGAGGAAGAGGAAGAUGACGACCCGAAGGGAUAUCCACCACCGCCACCGCCAGUCACGAUGACCCAACAGCAACAGCAGCGCCAGGCCCAGCAGGCAGGUGCGGAGUCACCGACUCAGACAUACGGUGCCUACAGCCCAACGUUCAGCGAUAUCGACCAGGUCAGCAGCUUCGCCACCGAGGACAACUCACCGCUGAAUCAACGCCGACCACAGAACGGCAACCUGUCACCGCUGCCGAAUACUAGCCGCAGCUACUACACCGGCGAACAGGGUCAAACACAACCCUUGGUGCAGAACGUUGGACUGCCCAAUCGCAUGGACAGUCGUUCGACGGAGGUUUAAUGAGGUGUACCUUGACAUACAAAUUACGACAUCUUCAUUGUAUCAGUAUAAUACGAGCACACACAAACAUACACACACAUACAGACAACACAUGCACAGAGAUACACACGAACGCACAGCUAGAGGGUCAUUGUGGUGUGUUCUUUCUGUUACUAAUAUGUCCAUGGCAGUCAUGAGGUAGGAGAGGAGUUCGAGUAGUUUCCAGCACACUAAGGAAAUAGCAUUAUAGUUUGCAUGACUUCAGUACUCUGCUAGUAAGAACCCAUCAGUUUUUGAGCUUAAUCUUAUCUUCUUUUAAGUACGACGACAACCAGCGAAGUUAGCGAACCAGGCAUAUAUAUAUAUUUAGCAACCCCCCGGUAAAGCAAAGGGGCCAUGUUUUUUUUUUUAUAUUGGAGUGUUCUGAUAAGAUAAGCGCAAUUCCCGUUGACAGGUGCGCAUUCCGUCUUCACUUCACACCCAACCUAAACGUAUGUGGCCAGAGCAGUUGUUUUACCUCCUUUCCUUUGACAUUACGACCAGUCUUCGUUGGGGUGGUACAACACUUCCAUAGAGAUCCACACAUCCCGUACACGCCAUACUGGCGACAGCGGUAACCUCACAAUACAGCAAUGGCAAUGCCUGUUCCAUGUUCAAGCUAGUAUCAUUCCAAAAAUUUUGAAGCACACACCACGAACUCCCCCGGUCGGACGGAAUGGAGCAAGGGAAAACAUUCAGUUGCACUUUUCACUCUCUUUUCUCCCCGCGUGGUAACGCGUGUGUCAUUGCAGGUGGGGAAGAGUAUGUUGCACGCAAUACGAGCACCUCAUUCGGUAUCGUGCUGGUAAUAGUCAUCCCGAUACUGCUCAUCAUCAUACUAAUCGUGCGCUACAAAAUCAAACACUUUCAACGUGCGUCCGCUGAGAAGAGCAGUAACAACUUCCAGUAGCAAUAGGGUGUUUAACCUAGUACACGCCUUUAAUCAGUACACGGGUGGUUAUGUGCCUAUCGAUCGACUAAGCUUAGCGUAAAGCAUAGACAAUAAGGACUGUGUUUCUAACUUCACCCCAUAAACUACUUCUAGGUCUAUUUUUUUCUGAGUAUAAUGUAAGGUUUUUGUUUGGAACGGAGAUAAAAUGUACGCACCGCGUGCUCAAGCACCAAACCGUCAAAUUGAUUAGUUUUCGUGCAGAUUGGCUACAAUAACUAGACAGCAAAAAGAACAUGCGAGAUAGCAAACAGUCGGAAUGCUUCUCACAAUAUUUCCUAAUCUUUACCAGACAAACAUUGGAACAGAUGUGGUCCAUACUGCACAAUAUGAUUGAUGGAAUGACAAUAGGACGACAACAGUUUUCGACGAGUUGCAAACUAAAGGUAAAAAUCUUUCAGUACAACAAAUAUCACAAAAACACCUAACCUAUGCCGAGAUUAAUCAAUAAAAAAAUAGUUUUA